AGCCAGCCUCCGGAGGAUACUCCGCAGCAGUAGCUGCUUGGCGGCGGUGGCACGGAGGAUAUUUCCCACCACUUGGCCUCAGCUUUAGCGUUCUGAGGGGAAAACAAUCGGUCCUUGGCCCCAGCAUGGGGAACCCGGAGAGGGAAGAGGCGGGGCGUCAGCUUACACACGCUACGGCUACAACAACAGACAAUGACUGGGCUUGUUGAUGCUACGCUGCACCGACGUCAUCUCUAAUCGGCCCGGCCAAUCGUCGGUCAUAUCCCCGCCGCAUGAAAGCUUCCGGCAGUAAUUAGCAGGAACAGCAGCUGCAGUACAGCACUAGCAACAGCCGCAUUAACAGAGUAUAGUGCGACCAUGGCAUUGGGAUCCUUGGCGAAACGUGGGACGAGAGGACCAGGGGGGAUGCUCCCAUAGAUAAAUAUCCUCCCAGCUGCCUCUACUUUUGCUACAGUGGUUCCUCUAUUGUUCAAUUAACGGCUGCUGACCGCUAAACAAAUCACCCACUCCAAAAAUACAACAAUGAAGUAUUCGCUCGCGGCUUCGGCCCUCAUGGCCACGGCUGUCCACGCCUGGAUGCCCCAGGACCAGGAACUCGCUGCGUUUAACAUGACGGCUCGCUUUGAGCAGCUGGGCAAGCGCUUCAAGCCCACGCUCGCCAGCGGCAUUAACAAGAUUCGCGGUGUCAACUUUGGAGGCUGGCUCAUAUCGGAGCCCUGGAUGAUGAAGAACGAAUGGCGAAACAACAUGGGCUGCUACAAGGGAGACUACGAGUCCGCAUCCGAAUUCGACUGCAUGAAGGACUUCUACUCGGGCACCAACCGCGAUCUCGGCAACCAGCGCUUCGAGAACCACUGGCGCGACUGGAUCAACGCCGACACCGUGCAGUCUGUCCACGACGUAGGUCUCAACACCAUCCGCAUCCCCAUCGGCUACUGGUCCUACGUCGACAUUGUCGACAAGAACAGCGAGCCCUUUGCCGAUGGCAACCGAAUGCUGCCAUACCUCGACAAGGUGGUGCAAAAGGCCGCUGACCUCGGCAUUUAUGUUAUCAUCGACUUCCACGGCGCCCCCGGCGGCCAGCAGCAAGAUGUCUUUACCGGUCAGAACAACAACCCGGCCGGCUUCUUCAACGACUACAACUUUGGCCGCGCCGAGAAGUGGCUCAGCUGGAUGACCCGCCGCAUUCACUCCAACCCUGCCUACCGCACCGUCGGUAUGAUUGAGGUCCUCAACGAGCCUGUUUCCCGCCACGAUGGCGGUGGCCGAUACCCCGCGCCCGGUCAGGAUCCCGGCAUGAUCCAGAACUUCUACCCCAACGCUCUCAAGGCCGUCCGCGAUGUCGAGAACGAGUUGCAAAUCUCGGACGACAAGAAGCUGCAUGUCCAGUUCAUGUCGGCCAAGUGGGAUUCCGGCAACCCUCGCGAUGCCGCAGCCCUCCGCAACGACAACAUUGUCGCCUAUGAUGACCACAACUACAUUGGCUUCGCGUACGGCGAGACCAACGACCAGUACACCCUCAUGCACAGCGCUUGCACCGACUCCCGUGUCGUUGAUGGCCAGGACUACACCAUUACUGGUGAAUGGAGCAUGACCUCGGGCGUCGACGGCCACAACGCCGACUUUUACAAGAAGUGGUUCACUGCCCAGCAGCAGCUGUACGAGAAGCCUGGCAUGGCCGGCUGGGUCUUUUGGACAUGGAAGACGGAGACCAACGACCCCAACUGGACCUACUCCUAUGCCACCUACCUCGGCUUUGUCCCAACCAACGCUGCCGACCUUGAGCACAAUGUCUACCAGGACGUGUGCAGCGGCUUUCGCUAAACGGAUGCACUCUUGCUCGGCAAACUCGGGCAUUGUGGCGAGAUAGGCACUCACAGAGGGACGUAGACGGGCAAGAUGGCCAGCCAAAUAUGUGGCACUGGCUUCAUGCCACCCAAUCGUAUAUAACUAGUACAAAAUAACACAACGCCCGUACAUAGUAUUCAAUGAUGAAAAAUGACAAGUAAAAGAACUAAAAAACCGUUGCAUGCUUCACCGUGACAUCGUUCCCAGUAGAGCAAUCGCCGGACAGUGGCUGUAAAACGCUCAGGCACGUGGCGGCGCCAUUGUGC